CCAUUAGUUUCUAUAGAAUACUACAUCAUUUCAUACACUUGUUAACGUACUCUGUAUGCACCUUUUGUGUGCUUUAACAUCUGAAGUGCAUAGCCUUGAGCCCUGUUUGCGCGUGGUGAAUUGAGCCAUCAACGCUGUGCAUGUAUAGCUGCCAGUUGUAUCCAAUGACAUGCCUAUUGUUAUUGAGAUCAAGGCUUGUACAGCUGCUGCUUGCUGCUCUCAUAUGACAAUGCUAUGUGGGAACAUCUAUGAGGCUUUGUACCUUAAUAAGUAUAUAUAAUGAUCUGAGCCAUUGCUUAAUGAAUUUCCCCUAAUUUCUACAUGCAUUGUAUUUAUUCAGAGGUAUAAUGCAACAAGAUGGUCACGAUAUUGUUGUCAACAGGUGGGCUGAGUCUGUCUAUUCAUCUCUCCCUUCAAGUCCUUCCUAUGCUGUGUGGGCGUGGUGGGCCAUCUGGAAUUACAGUGUUCACAGGUUACUGGGCAAGAGAGUAAGAGAUGCACAAUCUCGUGUUGAUCAUAGAGAGGAUAUAACUCCUUCACAUGGGUCUGAAGAGGUGGCUGCAUUGAUUCCACCCGGGACUGGCGGAGCAGACGGGACAAGCUCAAGAGGCGCUGUGGAUGUUCAGUGGCUGGUGUCUCCAUUAUUCAUGUGUCAGAGGAAGAAACAAAGCGGUAACAGGCACUGCUCUGUGUAGCAACCAUGGAAGCAACUGGAGAAACUUCAUUCCCAGAUGAUGCUGGGAGUCAAAGCCUGUGUCCAGACCCUGCGGGCUGGGCCCACCUCCACAAACCCAUCAUCGUGAUGGUGAUGGGCUCCCUGAUGUCUGCUGCGGGCGGACUCCUCCUCCUCCUCCAGUCAGUGGGGGUGACUGAAGCAUACCACUCUGUGGCCUCGGCCUGCCUGUCCAUCGGGCUGAUGUUUGUGGUGAUGGGGCUGGUGUGGAUCCCCAUACUGAAAGAGAAGCAGAGGCGCAAGCGCUACUGCCAGGGGGUGCUUGAAUAGAAAUGACUGUACUGUGAAAGUGGGAACUAUUUUUUUUUUGUCAACAA